ACUCCAAUCGCCAUUUUGUUGUCAACAUUGUGUUUUAUGUUUGAGAUUGGCAAUUAUUUACCCGCUUGUUAGGUUUGAAGACAGAAAGUAAAUCAUGGCUUUCCCCUAUACAGUCAUUGGGCCAGGGGGACAGCCCUAUAUUUUGAGCCAGAUUCCUAUAAUGCAGCAACCUAUGCAGCCUCAGUUAAUCCCAUCCCAAUUUGUACAGCAAUCACCCCAGGUACAACUUCAGCAACAACAGCAACAGCAAGGACAAAAGCAGCAGCAGAAGCAGCCAGAUUACAUGUCAGAGGAUAAGUUGCAGGAGAAAGCAAGAAAAUGGCAACAACUUCAGUCAAAAAGAUAUGCAGAAAAACGAAAGUUUGGGUUUGUUGAUGCACAGAAGGAGGACAUGCCACCAGAACAUGUUAGAAAAAUCAUCAGGGAUCAUGGAGAUAUGACCAACAGAAAAUUUAGACAUGAUAAAAGAGUUUAUUUAGGAGCACUGAAAUACAUGCCUCAUGCAGUUCUCAAACUUUUAGAAAAUAUGCCAAUGCCAUGGGAACAGAUUAGAGAUGUGAAAGUUCUCUAUCAUAUUACUGGUGCCAUCACAUUUAUUAAUGAGAUUCCAUGGGUUAUUGAACCUGUGUAUAUAUCACAGUGGGGAUCCAUGUGGAUUUUACUUCGCCGUGAAAAAAGAGAUCGUAGGCACUUCAAACGCAUGAGAUUUCCACCAUUUGAUGAUGAAGAACCUCCUCUUGACUAUGCUGAUAACGUCAUGGAAGUAGAGCCUCUUGAACCUAUACAAAUGGAAAUGGAUCCUGAAGAAGACAAAGCUGUUAUGGAGUGGUACUAUGAUCACAAACCAUUAAUAGAUUCCAAACAUGUGAAUGGCAGCACCUACCGUAGAUGGAACCUGACUUUGCCAAUCAUGUCAGUGUUGUACAGAAUGGCAAAUCAACUCCUCACAGAUCUGGUGGAUAACAAUUACUUUUACCUUUUUGACCUGAAGUCAUUUUUCACAGCAAAAGCUCUGAACCUUGCCAUCCCUGGUGGUCCAAAGUUUGAGCCACUAGUCAAAGAUAAAGAGCUUCAAGAUGAGGAUUGGAAUGAAUUCAAUGACAUCAACAAAAUUAUCAUCAGACAACCAGUGAGAACAGAAUACCGCAUUGCUUUUCCCUAUUUGUACAACAAUAUUCCAUAUCAAGUACAUCUUUCAUGGUACCAUGAGCCAAAUGUUGUCUUUAUUAAAACUGAAGAUCCUGAUCUCCCAGCAUUUUAUUUUGAUCCUUUGAUCAACCCAAUUUCUCACAGGCAAGCAACAAAGCUUGCUGAGCCUCUUCCAGAAGAUGAUGAAGAGUUUGAACUACCAGAAUUUGUGCAGCCUUUUCUUCAAGAUACACCUCUGUAUACAGACAAUACAGCCAAUGGCAUUGCUCUCUUAUGGGCACCUAGACCUUUUAACUUAAGAUCAGGCCGAACACGUAGAGCCAUUGAUGUACCCCUGGUAAAAUCAUGGUACAGAGAACACUGCCCAGCUGGGAUGCCAGUAAAAGUGAGAGUAUCUUACCAGAAGCUUCUCAAAUACUAUGUUUUAAAUGCCCUCAAACAUAGGCCACCCAAGGCACAGAAAAAGAGGUACUUGUUCCGAUCGUUCAAGUCAACAAAGUUUUUCCAAACAACCCAACUUGAUUGGCUAGAAGUUGGCUUACAAGUCUGCAGACAAGGCUACAACAUGUUGAAUCUUUUGAUUCAUCGUAAAAACUUGAACUAUCUUCAUUUGGACUACAAUUUCAACCUGAAACCUGUGAAAACGCUCACAACAAAGGAACGUAAGAAGUCUCGUUUCGGCAAUGCUUUUCAUUUGUGCCGUGAAAUUCUUCGUCUCUCUAAACUCAUCAUUGAUAGCCACGUGCAGUACAGACUUGGCAAUGUGGAUGCCUAUCAGCUUGCUGAUGGUUUGCAAUAUGUGUUUGCUCAUGUGGGCCAGUUGACUGGUAUGUACAGAUACAAAUACAAACUGAUGAGACAGAUUAGGAUGUGCAAAGAUCUCAAACAUUUGAUUUAUUACAGAUUCAACACUGGUCCUGUAGGGAAAGGUCCAGGCUGUGGCUUCUGGGCUCCUGGUUGGAGAGUCUGGAUGUUCUUCAUGAGAGGUAUCACACCUCUUCUUGAGCGCUGGCUUGGAAAUCUGCUGUCUCGUCAAUUUGAGGGUCGCCACAGCAAAGGUGUUGCAAAAACUGUUACUAAACAAAGAGUGGAGAGCCAUUUUGAUUUGGAGUUGAGAGCUGCUGUUAUGCAUGACAUUCUUGACAUGAUGCCUGAAGGAAUCAAACAAAACAAAGCUAGAACCAUCCUGCAGCACUUAUCAGAGGCUUGGAGAUGUUGGAAAGCCAAUAUUCCAUGGAAGGUACCUGGGCUCCCAACACCAAUAGAAAAUAUGAUUCUCCGUUACGUCAAAGCUAAAGCUGACUGGUGGACUAACACAGCCCAUUACAACAGAGAGAGGAUCAGGAGAGGAGCCACUGUGGACAAAACUGUGUGUAAGAAAAACUUGGGACGUCUUACCAGAUUGUAUCUGAAGGCUGAGCAAGAAAGACAACACAAUUACUUGAAAGAUGGACCAUACAUUACUGCUGAAGAGGCUGUUGCUAUUUACACAACUAUGGUUCACUGGCUAGAAAGCAGAAGAUUCUCACCUAUCCCAUUCCCUCCUCUGUCAUACAAACAUGACACCAAGCUGCUCAUCUUAGCUUUAGAAAGACUGAAAGAAGCCUACAGUGUGAAAAGUAGAUUGAAUCAGUCCCAGAGAGAGGAAUUAGGUCUGAUUGAACAAGCUUUUGAUAACCCCCAUGAAGCUUUGUCAAGAAUUAAACGUCACCUGCUCACUCAAAGAGCUUUUAAAGAGGUUGGCAUUGAGUUCAUGGACUUGUACAGCCAUUUAAUCCCUGUUUAUGAUGUUGAACCACUGGAGAAGAUAACUGAUGCAUACCUUGAUCAGUACCUAUGGUAUGAAGCUGACAAGCGCAGACUAUUCCCACCAUGGAUCAAGCCCUCAGACUCUGAACCUCCUCCAUUGUUGACUUACAAAUGGUGUCAAGGCAUCAAUAACCUACAAGAUGUUUGGGAAACUGGUGAAGGAGAAUGCAAUGUUAUGAUGGAAUCAAGCUUUGUAAAGAUGUAUGAAAAAAUUGAUUUGACCCUGCUGAACAGGUUGUUGCGUCUCAUUGUGGAUCACAACAUUGCUGAUUACAUGACUGCCAAAAACAAUGUGGUCAUUAACUACAAAGACAUGAACCACACCAACUCCUAUGGUAUCAUCAGGGGUUUGCAGUUUGCAUCUUUCAUUGUUCAGUACUAUGGCCUGGUCUUAGACCUUCUAGUCCUUGGCCUCCACAGAGCCAGUGAGAUGGCAGGACCACCUCAGUUACCUAAUGACUUCCUCACAUUCCAGAAUGUUGUGACCGAACAAGCUCAUCCAAUCAGACUAUACUCUCGUUACAUCGAUAGAAUUCACAUUUUCUUCAGAUUUUCAGCUGAAGAGGCUCGUGAUUUAAUUCAGCGUUACUUGACAGAGCAUCCAGAUCCUAACAAUGAAAACAUUGUUGGCUACAACAACAAAAAGUGUUGGCCCAGAGAUUCCCGCAUGAGACUCAUGAAGCAUGAUGUCAACUUGGGGCGUGCUGUUUUUUGGGACAUAAAGAAUCGUCUUCCAAGGUCUGUGACCACUAUUCAGUGGGAUGCAAGCUUUGUGUCAGUUUACAGCAAAGACAACCCCAAUUUGUUGUUCAACAUGUGUGGCUUUGAAUGUCGUAUCCUUCCUAAGUGCAGAACUCAGCAUGAGGAGUUCACACACAAAGAUGGGGUCUGGAAUUUACAGAAUGAGGUAACAAAAGAGAGAACAGCUCAGUGCUUUCUGAGAGUAGACGAAGAUUCUAUGGGUAAAUUCCACAACAGAGUUAGGCAAAUUCUCAUGGCUUCAGGCUCUACAACUUUUACAAAGAUUGUGAACAAAUGGAACACUGCAUUGAUUGGACUGAUGACCUACUUCAGGGAAGCUGUGGUCAACACACAGGAGUUGUUAGAUCUACUGGUCAAGUGUGAAAACAAGAUCCAGACCCGUAUCAAGAUUGGCCUCAACUCAAAAAUGCCAAGUCGUUUUCCUCCUGUUGUCUUCUACACUCCAAAGGAGCUAGGAGGUUUGGGCAUGUUGUCCAUGGGCCAUGUGUUGAUUCCUCAGUCUGAUUUGAGAUGGUCAAAACAGACAGAUGUUGGAAUCACCCAUUUCUUGUCUGGUAUGUCUCAUGAUGAGGACCAGCUCAUUCCUAAUCUCUACAGAUACAUCAUGCCAUGGGAGAGUGAGUUUAUUGAUUCACAGAGAGUAUGGGCAGAGUAUGCAUUGAAGAGGCAUGAAGCUAAUGCCCAGAAUCGACGUUUGACUUUAGAAGAUUUGGAAGACAGCUGGGACCGUGGUAUCCCACGUAUCAAUACUCUUUUCCAGAAAGACAAACAGACCCUAGCUUAUGACAAGGGUUGGAGAGUCAGGACAGAUUUUAAACAAUACCAGGUGCUGAAACAAAAUCCUUUCUGGUGGACUCAUCAGCGUCAUGACGGAAAGCUCUGGAACUUGAACAACUACAGGACAGACAUGAUUCAAGCUCUUGGGGGUGUGGAGGGUAUUCUAGAACAUACACUCUUUAAGGGCACCUACUUCCCUACAUGGGAGGGUCUUUUCUGGGAAAGAGCCAGCGGUUUUGAAGAGUCCAUGAAGUACAAAAAGUUGACAAAUGCUCAGAGAUCUGGUUUGAAUCAAAUUCCAAAUCGCCGUUUCACACUGUGGUGGUCUCCAACAAUCAACAGAGCUAAUGUGUAUGUGGGUUUCCAGGUACAACUUGAUCUGACUGGUAUCUUUAUGCACGGAAAGAUUCCAACAUUAAAGAUUUCUCUGAUUCAGAUCUUUAGGGCUCACUUGUGGCAGAAGAUCCAUGAGAGCAUUGUUAUGGAUUUAUGUCAGGUAUUUGAUCAAGAACUGGAUGCUCUUGAAAUAGAAACAGUACAGAAAGAAACAAUCCACCCUCGAAAGUCAUACAAGAUGAACAGUUCUUGUGCCGACAUUCAGCUGUUUGCUGCAUACAAGUGGAAUGUUUCAAAACCAUCUUUAUUAGCAGACACAAAAGAUGUAAUGGAUGGAACAACAACACAGAAGUAUUGGAUUGAUGUUCAACUCCGUUGGGGAGACUAUGACUCUCAUGAUGUGGAGAGAUAUGCCAGAGCCAAAUUUUUGGACUACACAACUGAUAACAUGAGUAUCUAUCCCUCUCCUACUGGUCUACUUAUUGCUGUAGAUCUGGCUUAUAAUUUACACAGUGCUUAUGGAAACUGGUUUCCUGGAGCCAAACCUUUGAUUCAGCAAGCCAUGGCUAAAAUCAUGAAAGCUAAUCCAGCUUUGUAUGUCUUGAGAGAACGUAUCCGUAAGGGACUUCAGCUGUAUUCCUCUGAACCAACUGAACCUUACCUCAGCUCUCAGAACUAUGGUGAACUUUUCUCUAACCAAAUCAUUUGGUUUGUUGAUGACACUAAUGUGUACAGAGUCACGAUUCAUAAGACUUUUGAAGGCAAUUUAACCACCAAGCCAAUCAAUGGGGCCAUCUUUAUUUUCAAUCCUCGCACUGGUCAACUUUUCCUUAAGAUCAUUCACACAUCUGUAUGGGCAGGCCAGAAACGUUUAGGUCAGCUUGCCAAGUGGAAGACAGCCGAAGAGGUUGCAGCCUUGAUUAGGUCUCUGCCUGUUGAAGAGCAGCCUAAACAAAUUAUUGUAACACGCAAGGGCAUGUUGGAUCCUCUUGAGGUUCACUUGCUUGAUUUCCCCAACAUUGUCAUCAAAGGCAGUGAACUCCAGUUGCCAUUCCAGGCUUGUCUCAAAGUUGAGAAAUUUGGUGACCUGAUCUUGAAAGCCACUGAGCCACAGAUGGUUUUGUUUAACCUUUAUGAUGACUGGCUGAAAACCAUCUCAUCCUACACUGCCUUCUCACGUCUGAUCUUGAUAUUGAGAGCUCUUCAUGUCAACAAUGACAAGACAAAGAUACUUCUAAAGCCAGAUAAAACCACUCUAACAGAAGCACAUCACAUCUGGCCUACACUAUCUGAUGAGGAAUGGAUGAAGAUUGAAGUACAGCUUAAAGAUUUGAUUCUUGCUGAUUAUGGCAAGAAGAACAAUGUGAAUGUGAGCUCACUAACCCAAUCUGAGACCCGUGACAUCAUUCUUGGUAUGGAGAUCUCAGCCCCAAGUGCCCAGAGACAGCAAAUUGCUGAAAUUGAGAAACAGACUAAAGAACAAUCUCAGAUGACAGCAACCACCACACGCACUGUCAACAAACAUGGUGAUGAGAUUAUCACCACCACCACAUCCAACCAUGAAACUGCUACCUUCUCAUCCAAGACAGAAUGGCGUGUUAGGGCCAUCUCUGCCACUAAUUUGCAUCUGCGCACAAAUCACAUUUAUGUCAGCUCAGAUGACAUCAAAGAAACAGGUUACACUUACAUCCUGCCCAAGAAUGUUCUCAAGAAGUUUAUUAUAAUCUCUGAUCUCAGAGCUCAAAUUGCUGGCUACUUGUAUGGGGUCAGUCCACCAGAUAACCCUCAAGUGAAAGAAAUCAGAUGUAUUGUAAUGCCUCCACAGUGGGGAACCCAUCAGACUGUUCACCUACCUAAUCUCUCACCAUCUCAUGAAUAUCUCAAUGAAAUGGAACCACUUGGCUGGAUCCACACACAGCCCAAUGAGUUGCCACAGUUAGCACCACAAGACAUCACAACUCAUGCUAAAAUUAUGGCAGACAACCCCUCAUGGGAUGGAGAAAAGACUGUAGUCAUCACUUGCAGUUUUACUCCAGGCUCAUGUUCACUGACAGCCUACAAAUUAACACCCAGUGGUUAUGAAUGGGGAAGACAAAACAAAGACACUGGUAACAACCCUAAGGGUUAUCUCCCCUCCCAUUAUGAACGUGUGCAGAUGCUGUUGUCUGACAGAUUCUUGGCAUUUUUCAUGGUGCCUGCUCAGAACUCUUGGAAUUACAAUUUCAUGGGUGUUCGUCAUGAUCCUAACAUGAAGUAUGAGCUUCAGCUCUCCAACCCCAAGGAGUUUUACCAUGAGAUUCAUCGUCCAUCUCAUUUCCUGUUCUUCAGCCAGAUGGAGGAGCAUGAACAGGCAGGGGCUGACAGGGAAGAUUUGUAUGCUUAAUUUUUGUAUGAUUAUAAGAGUAUUCCGGGCUAGAACUAAACAGAACUUACAUUAUCAUAAUGUCUGUUGGGUUAAAGCUUAAAAGUUUUUUUAAAAUGUCUUAAACUUCAGAUUUUAAAAAGCUUAGUUCUAAACUGAUUAGCAAUCUUUGUUGAAUAUGUAAUUUUUGCUGCAUCUUUUGCUGUACAUAAAAAUCAUUAUUUUUAUUAUAACAUGUUUUUAGUACCAAUAAAAUAAUUUGUGUAUUUAAUGUUUUAAUUUUAACUUGAAAUACUUGUGAGACACAUUUACAAUUUUCUAAAAAUUUCUUGGAAACAUUUUCUUAGCUUAUUUUGUGUACAUACUAUAAUAAAAUAGCAUCUUGUAUAGUUGUUUAAGUAAGUUAAUGACUAAGGAGUUUGUUUUCUGUUAGCUAAUUGAGGUGUCAACAUGCUUUUUGAUAAUGUUAUCACUUUAAAAAAAAGUAGAAUAUGAUUGUGUUAUUCACUAAGUAAUGUUUAUUAUUUCUUUAAGAAUGUUAAAACUAUUCUUGUUGAUGAACUAAGAAUAAAAAAACAUGU